AUUCAAUAAAUAAAAGCUUUGUUGAGAUCUCUCUUUGCCAGGGAACGCCCACCAGCGAGUUGAACCCUGGACGGACACGCCCCCUUUUAUGUCCAGUGUUUAUUUUUUUUGCUAGGUGCAGUGACAACGCAAAACGUAUCGGAUUCGGAGAUAAGAGCGACGUCCCGAGAGGCAAGCACCAUGCCCGAGAUGACCCAAGUCGUGGAUAGCGAGGUGAUCUCAGCCUACGCCACCUACGUGGUGAUCGUCGUCCUGAAGAUGAUGCUCAUGGCGCCGCUGACGUCAUACUACCGGAUGAAGAAGAAGGUGUUUGCAAACUUGGAAGACACCAAGUUAGCCCAUCCGGUGGAGGAACCAAAGUUUGUGCGCGUGGAUCCUGACGUUGAGCGCGUACGGAGGUGCCACCAGAACGACCUGGAGAACGUGGUUCCCUUCGUGCUCGUCGGGCUCCUCUACUCGCUGACGGGCCCCGACGCGGCCACGGCCAUCACCUACUUCAGGGUGUUCGCCGCCUCCCGCCUCUGCCACACCGUGGCCUACGUCCUGCCCCUGCCCCAGCCCAGCCGAGCGCUGUCAUGGCUGACCGGGCUGGUGGUCACCUGCUGCAUGGCCUACCGCGUGCUCCUGCAUAACUUCCGCUUGUAGGAAUAAAAACAUGGAGGCUGGAGUGUGCACUCGCGGGGCUGAUGUUUCGUCUGGAAAAAGGGGUUAUGAUUGUUUUAAAUUGUUUCCUGGUGUGAACACUGAAUCACCGCAGCAGAUCGUAAGAAAGAAUAAGUGGUCGUCCGUGUCUUUAAUUUUGUGUCGUGAUUAGGACGUUCUCAUUCCAAGUGUGACCCCGCCUCCUUUACGAGCGCAUUAAACAAACCCAUUUAAAAAUCAUUUCAACUUUAACAGUGCACUUGCCCAAGUCCUGUCUGAAUCGUUUAGAAUGAUUUAUUUUCAUGUAUUAAAUGUGGUCCCUGUUUUGUCGA